CGGAUCAGUUUUACAUACUUUUAUCUCAGCCACCUAAAGCUAGCCCCCAGAUCUAACGUCUAAUGGUUUUUGUUAACUGUGUAUGGUAUAAUACCCUAUAAUCACAGUCGUGAACAAAGGUGAAAAAACAAUGUCUCACUGUGCCGCAAGGUGUGCCACAAGGAGUGCCACGAGGCUUCUUAACCUAACGCGCGCUCUCUCCACGGAGGCGCGUGGGCAAAAGAUCGAGCGCAUCGCCACGGAGCUUCUCGACCUCAACAGUUUCGAGAGGCACGAUUUCACGGUCCUCUGGCGGCUCAAGAUGGGUCUGCACCGCUACGGCGCUCCUGUGGCUGGCAUGACGAUGCCGUCCGUCGGGGCGGCUGCCCGGGCUGAGGCCGGUGCUGCCGCAGUCGCGGAGAAGAUGGCAUUUGACUUGAAGUUGGAGAAGUAUGAUGCUGCUGCCAAGAUCAAGAUCAUCAAGGAAGUGAGGUCUUUCACCGAUUUGGGGUUGAAGGAAGCCAAGGACUUGGUGGAGAAGGUUCCCUGUGUUUUGAAGAAGGGUCUCACCAAGGAGGAGGCUAAUCCCAUCAUGGAGAAGCUCAAGGAGUUGGGUGCUGCUGUUGUCUUAGAGUGAUUAUGAAUUUCUGUCUUUUUUUUUGUACUCCAGAGUUUUGUGUUAGUUGUAGAAUAAUUGACACUUUUUGUGGCUAUUGAAUGAUAAAAAUGAUAAGUUAUAUAUAUUAUUACCCCACUUCACUAUUUUUUUUAUGUUUUGUUGGUAGGUUGAUGGUUUUUGUUAUAUGACAUUCUUGAUUUUAAUUGAAGUUUGAUAUUGGUAACCA